UUCCGGCGUCGAGGCGGUGACAAUGGGAGCGGCGCGGGCGGCGCCGGGAGGCAGCUGACAGGCGUCUGCGGCUUCGCUUCAUGGCCGCUCUCCCGUCCUGCCUGGGCUCGGAGGGGAGCUGGGGAGCCCGUGGCGGCCGGGAGCCGGAGCUGGCGAGCGGAGCGGGAACCUGUGCGCGGCGCCGCUGAGGCGCAGCAUGUGAGCGGAGACGGCGUCCAGCGCGAGGCGAGCCUCCCAGCCGGCCGGGAUGGCUACGACGGCCGAGCUCUUCGAGGAACCUUUUGUGGCAGAUGAGUAUAUUGAACGUCUUGUAUGGAGAACCCCAGGAGGAGGCUCUAGAGGAGGAUCGGAAGCUUUUGAUCCUAAAAGGUUAUUAGAAGAAUUUGUAAAUCAUAUUCAAGAACUCCAGAUAAUGGAUGAAAGGAUUCAAAGGAAAGUAGAGAAACUAGAGCAACAGUGUCAGAAAGAAGCUAAGGAAUUUGCCAAGAAGGUACAAGAGCUUCAGAAAAGCAAUCAGGUUGCCUUCCAACAUUUCCAAGAACUGGAUGAGCACAUUAGCUAUGUAGCAACCAAGGUCUGUCACCUUGGAGACCAGUUGGAAGGGGUAAACACACCCAGACAACGGGCAGUAGAGGCUCAGAAAUUGAUGAAAUACUUUAAUGAGUUUCUAGAUGGAGAAUUGAAAUCUGAUGUUUUUACAAAUUCUGAAAAGAUAAAGGAAGCAGCAGACAUCAUUCAGAAGUUGCACCUAAUCGCCCAAGAAUUACCUUUUGAUAGAUUUUCAGAUGUAAAAUCCAAAAUUGCAAGCAAAUACCAUGAUUUAGAAUGCCAGCUGAUUCAGGAGUUUACUAGUGCUCAAAAAAAAGGUGAAAUCUCCAGAAUGAGAGAAGUAGCAGCAGUUUUACUUCAUUUUAAGGGUUACUCCCAUUGUGUUGAUGUUUAUAUAAAGCAGUGCCAGGAGGGUGCUUACAUGAGAAAUGAUAUAUUUGAAGAUGCAGCAAUACUCUGUCAACGGGUGAACAAACAAGUUGGAGAUAUCUUUAGUAAUCCAGAAACAGUACUAGCUAAACUUAUUCAAAACGUAUUUGAAAUCAAACUACAGAGUUUUGUGAAAGACCAGUUAGAAGAAUGUAGGAAGUCUGAUGCAGAGCAGUACCUCAAAAAUCUCUAUGACUUAUAUACAAGAACCACAAAUCUUUCCAGCAAGUUGAUGGAGUUUAACUUAGGUACUGAUAAACAGACUUUCUUGUCUAAGCUUAUCAAAUCCAUUUUCAUUUCCUAUUUGGAGAAUUAUAUUGAGGUGGAGAUUGGAUAUUUGAAAAGCAGAAGUGCUAUGAUCCUACAGCGCUAUUAUGAUUCAAAAAACCAUCAAAAGAGAUCCAUUGGCACAGGAGGUAUUCAAGAUUUGAAAGAGAGAAUUAGACAACGUACCAACUUACCUUUGGGGCCAAGUAUCGAUACUCAUGGGGAAACCUUUCUGUCCCAAGAAGUGGUGGUUAAUCUUUUACAAGAAACCAAACAAGCCUUUGAAAGAUGUCAUAGGCUCUCUGAUCCUUCUGAUUUACCAAGGAAUGCCUUUAGAAUUUUUACCAUUCUUGUGGAAUUUUUAUGUAUUGAGCAUAUUGAUUAUGCUUUGGAAACAGGACUUGCUGGAAUUCCUUCUUCAGAUUCUCGGAACGCAAAUCUCUAUUUUUUGGAUGUUGUGCAUCAGGCCAAUACUAUUUUUCAUCUUUUUGACAAGCAGUUUAAUGACCACCUUAUGCCACUAAUAAGCUCUUCUCCUAAGUUAUCUGAAUGCCUUCAGAAGAAAAAAGAAAUAAUUGAACAGAUGGAGAUGAAAUUGGAUACCGGUAUUGAUAGGACAUUAAAUUGUAUGAUUGGACAAAUGAAGCAUAUUUUGGCUGCAGAACAAAAGAAAACAGACUUUAAGCCAGAAGAUGAAAACAAUGUUUUGAUUCAGUAUACUAAUGCCUGUGUUAAAGUCUGUGCUUAUGUAAGGAAACAAGUAGAGAAGAUUAAAAAUUCCAUGGAUGGGAAGAAUGUGGAUACAGUUUUGAUGGAAUUUGGAGUACGUUUUCAUCGACUUAUUUAUGAGCAUCUUCAACAAUAUUCCUACAGUUGUAUGGGUGGCAUGUUAGCAAUUUGUGAUGUAGCUGAAUAUAGGAAGUGUGCCAAAGACUUUAAGAUCCCACUGGUGUUACAGCUUUUUGAUACUCUGCAUGCACUUUGCAAUCUCCUGGUAGUUGCCCCAGAUAAUUUGAAGCAAGUCUGUUCAGGUGAACAACUUGCUAAUCUGGACAAGAACAUUCUUCACUCCUUCGUACAACUUCGUGCUGACUAUAGAUCUGCCCGCCUUGCUCGACAUUUCAGCUGAGGUUGAAUUUAUAAGGGAAACAUGUUGUACUUCAGCAGGCCUUGGUUGAUAGAAAGCACAGGAAAUUUCUUAUGACAUAGCCAACACUUUAUGGAAAAAUGACUGUUUGGAAAAACAGCAGCCAUACCCUGGAGAUUUUUUUUUUUUUUAAUUUGGACUACUAGCCAUAUUUUAUUUUUUCCCCUUACGUUGAUUUUUAGUACUGUCCUUGAACAUACAAGUUUCACAUUCUGUGAAACUACAUGUCACGGUUUUCAUCCUGGAAAAUCUUAGUGUCAGAAGGCAAAUGAGAUGUUACCAGUGAUCCAAUUCAUGUUCUUUAACAUAGUCCACUGGAAAAUUUCAACAUCCUAUUUUAUCAAUUUUAAUGACCUUUUCCGCACUGAUGAUUGUUAAUCAAGUUAUUUUAGGUAUUCCUAGAGAACUUUUUGCCUCAAAAGGUUACCAAUUGAGCGUAAUUUCUGUAAAUGAUUGAUUGGAUUUUUCUGAGGUACAACUGUAAUACUAUUUCAAGGAAAAAGUUUUACACUAAACUAAAACGAUGAGAUGUUUUAUGUAGAUAUUAGGUAUGGAUCAGAAUAUAUCUGCCUCCUGGGUGAAAAAUAAACACCACAACUUAAAGUUUACUAUUUCUUAUUUGGUAGACAGAUUUUAAGUCAUUGCUAGUAAAUUAAUAAAACUACCUUAUUUUAUAUUUCACUUAAGAUAAGGUGGAGGACCUUAACAUAAGGACCAUAUUUAUUCAUUAUUUUAAUAUUAUAAGGGAAGUAAAAAAGUGAGGUAUAAUCUAAAUGGUGUAUAUGAGAAAUAUUGACAAUAUUUAGCAACAAUGCAAUUCUUUAAUAUUUCGAUCUUAAUGCUAAAUUGGAAUAAGAUGGGAUGGGUAAAUAUGCAGACAGUCUUCUAUUUUAAGAGGAAUUGGGAAUUGAUAGAUAACAUAUACCCCUAAGUCUGGAGGUGAGCUUUGAAAAAGUUAGUUGCUUUUCAAAUCAAUAACUUCUGUUAUCUUUUUUAAGGCAUUUCUGAACCAAUUCCUAGUGAAUAUAGUUAAUUGAAUUGGCUUAAUAUGGUGACUUAAUAAAUCACUUAUAAAAUUUUAAACAUCCAGUGGAAAUUUAGAAAGGCCAUUACUCUAUAAACUUGCUCUGUGAGAAUGCAUUCUUAACUACAUGUAAUUUCAGCUUCCAUUGUAUUCAUAGCCUUAUAGGAACAGAUAAACUUUAAUGUUCAAUUCAUUCUUGGUAUUUUUUCUCUAAAUAGGCUUUUUGGCCUAAUUUUGGAAAACUUCUUUUAAGAAUGUUUCUGAAUGGUCAUCCACUUUACCUGAACUUUCAGGUCUAGAGCUAGCUACUGUUUAAGUUACUGUUAACUGAAUUUUCUUCUUUUUCUGUUUAGCCCAGUGUUAUCAAGGUAAACAAGAGAAAUGAAGUAUGCCAUUUCUUAUUAAAGCAUUAAGAAAAUUGUGGCAGCUUUAGAAGGCUGUCUAGUUUUCUGUUCUUUAGCCAAGGGAGAGCCAGAACAGGUUUUGGAUACUAGAGAGAGUUAUAUGCUUGUACUAUUGCCAUUUUUAGAAAGCUCUGAUGUGAAUUCAAAUUAUACCUCUGUUACUUAAAGCCAACAAUUUUAAAGCAGUAGUUUUACUGGCCAUUUGAACUCUUUGUAUACAGUGUCAAUUUGUAAAAAAUGGGGAGGAGGGACCUCAAAUAAAACAUGGGAGAACAUUUUAAGACUUCCAAAUCAGAGAAGUGCUUUAAAUUAUUUUGUUUGGAUUAAUUUUUUAAAUGUACAGCAUAUACUUGUUGCAUAGAUAUUUUGUUUAUUAUUUCCAUGCUUGAGUUCUCUGCAGUAUUUUCCAUUAUGUCCAUUGACAGGGCAGUGACAAAACUCAAAAGUGAAUACUUAAUUUAGAAGUGUUAACAUUAAUGCUCAAUAAACAAAUUCCCUGCAA